CAAAUCGUUAGGGUCAUGUUAUUUUGUCUCGGUGUUUUUCACGGUACUCCCUUUUCGUGUGGUAGGGUUCCUGAGCUCCCCCCGCUGUGCAUAUUCAAGAAAGACGCGCAGAGUCCUGUUCAGUUACUAGAGCCUGGUACCAUGAGCCACUUUGUGCGCCAGAGCAAGUUCCGUCACGUGUACAUCGAGCCUGCCAAGCUCGAGUCCUGCUACACGAAUGUGCGGCUGGCUACGGCGACGGGUGAGCAAAACUACAUCAAGGGUAACACCAAGUUUUUCGCCGUGUCCAUCCAGGCGGGUGGUGGUGCCAUGGCCGUGGUGCCUUACGAUAAGGUGGGCAAGUUUGACCCGGACUUCCCGCUUAUCUCUGGUCACCGUGGUGCCAUCUUGGACUUCGACUUUAACCCUUUCCACGAGCACCUCAUUGCGUCGGCCUCGGACGAUACUACCAUUAAGGUGUGGGGUAUCCCCGAGGGCGGCCUGGCCGAGACUUGCGUGGACCCUCUCGUGGACUUGACUGGCCACGGCCGCAAGGUGACGCUUAUUAAGUUCCACCCCACGGCUAACAAUGUGCUGGCCAGUACGUCGUCCGACUUUUCCACGCGGCUGUGGGAUAUUGAAAAGGGUUCCGAGAUCGUCAAGAUGGAGGACCACGGAGAGAACCUGAUUCAGGACCUGGCUUGGAGCUGGACUGGUAGUUUGCUCGCUACCACAUGUAAGGACAAGGUCGUGCGUCUGUAUGAUGCUCGUUCCGGCCAGAUUGCCGCGCAGAAGGAGAACGCCCACAUGGGCACGAAGAGCGUCAAGAUGAGCUUCCUCGGUAGCAAGGAGACGUUCGUCACGGUGGGCUUUACGCGUCAGAGUCAGCGUCAGUUCAAGGUCUGGGACCCGCGUAACCUCGACAAGGAGCUGAAGAAGGUGGACAUUGACCAGGCCGCAGGUGUCAUCAUGCCGUUCUACGACCCGGACACGAACCUCCUGUACUUGUGUGGUAAGGGUGACGGUAACAUUCGCUACUACGAGAUGUCGGAGGGUGAGCCGUUCGCAUUCCCCAUCAGUGAGUACCGCUCGACGACUUCUGCCAAGGGUAUGGCUAUGAUCCCCAAGCGCGGUUGCGAUAUCAUGAAGUGCGAGACUACUCGUCUACUGAAGCUGACAUCGAAUGCAAUUGAGCCGCUGCACGUGUUCGUGCCCCGCAAGUCGGACGCUUUUCAGGACGAUAUUUUCCCUGACACGUACGCUGGCAUUCCCUCAAUGACUGCCGACGACUGGCUGGGUGGUGCCGAUAACUCGCCCGUGCUGAUGUCCCUCCGUCCUGAGAUGCAGGGUAAGGUCACCAACGAUGGCAAGCGCUCACGCUCUGCAUCCAAGGCGAACAGCGUGGGUGCUGGCAUUGCGGCUCGCGUGGCUCGUUUCGCACGCGGCGGCAGCAAGACCGACAACACCCCCGAAGGCAAGCUUAAGGCCGAAUUGGACACUGCUAACGCACGAAUUGCAGAGCUGGAGAAGCUGCUUCGUGACAACGGCAUCUCGUACUAAAAAGCGUCAGGACAGGACUGACUGCUACGACUACUGGGUAGGGGGACUAUUAAAUCCCCUAUCACGGUUGGAUUGGAAUGCCGUUAGAACGACGCUAAUUGUCGCUUCGUUUUCUGUUUUGGCUCUUGCAGUCGGAACCAAAUACUUAUUAGAUUCGUGAGCAAGCAAGAGGCCUACGCACGCACCGAGUGGAGAGCAGGACAGCAAGAAUACCAAGAGAAGUGUGAGAAUACACGCAAAUGCAUGUCGAACAAAAAUUGUGUGCUAUUCAGUUGACCUCUUUUUACUGUUUGCUGUUCCUGACUAAUCAGUGCUGAAGAAUUUCGUGUCAGGUUGAGAGCCGUCCUCAAGCUGCGGUGUGCUGACAAUGUUGUGGCGCAAGGAGUCGAGACUCCAUGACAGGAUAUCGAGUGUUUGCCAAGCGUUUGCCCCCGUUGCACCAGUAAAUCCAACCCAUGCUCGACCGUGGAAGAGUUCAAGAGUGUUCUCGAUUCGUAAUGGCACUGUCAGCACAGGGCUGUUCAUAUCGUCCAGAUAAAUCGUGAGUAGCCCGAUACCCGACCGCCAGGCACCUGUGGAGAAGAAGUUACCAGCUAGCGUGCUGGCCGUGAAUGCUUCGUCGAAGAGCAUGCUUUCGUCAAGAUUGGAUUUGUACGUGAUCCGCACAGUGUGGGUAUCCUCCGUCAGGUCCGGAAGAUUACUAGUAGCGCCGAGAGAGUGCGUAUGAUUGGGCUGCACUACUCCUCCGUUUCCACUGACGUGUACGCUGAUGUGAUUCUCGUAGACAUCUAGCAAUUCCGGAUUGAACCACGUAUCGAACUCAAUGGCGAGUGCGUUUCGGAGACCGCCAUAGCCAAGGGACAUACCUCCGGAACCCAGUGCAAGCUCUUGUUGCACGUCGUUUUGUAUCACAAAAGCAAAGCCGUCGCCUCCACGAGACCUGCAGUUUGUGUGGACGUUGUCCAUUACACGGCAUGUUGUUGAAGGAUUGGUCGCUCGAAAUGAGAAACUGGUGGUGAAUCCUUCUCGGACGUUCAUUUGUCGUGGAUACCAAGCUGCGCCCGUGAGGAACGAUUGCGACGCUGUGAGCCUCAGGACUGUACCACAAGAUGUUGUAAUUGGGGCGGCAUCAACUGGUUGUGCUGGAGUUGAUUUGUCGAAGACAGACACUUGCUUCGCUGGAAAAGGCAUGGCUGCCAUGGCGUUCGUGGGCAACGAGCGAUGUGUUGAUCCAUUGACGUAAAUGACGUUGCGACUCUCGCUUUCAAAGCACACGUACGAACACCCUGUAAUGGCUGCAGUCAAAUCUCUUGGAACUGUCGCGUCAAAGCCAUCACAGCACGAAACUGAGGCGUUGCAGUUCUGAAGCUGUUAAAAUAGGCUCGUCAGUGAAGUAUUAUGCAAGAGCGAGCAAUUGCUGGGAGAGGGGAAACUUACAUGGGCAUCGCCGUUCACGUACAAUCCGAAGUGUCCUUGGUCGCCUACUUCACCAGUUGGACCAAGCGUCGGAGUUGUACGGAGAGCAAUGGCUUCAGGAAGUGCACUGAGAUUUGUCAGUAGUUGAGCGCUGAACUGAGGAAAGGAAAAAUCUGUUAACGAGAUAUCAUCGGUUAGAACAUUGAAGGCAGUUCAAGAGUACGCA